AGGAGCAGCUGCAGCUGGGAGCGUCCAUUACUGGGUGCUCCUUUAUUUGUAGCUGCUUUGUCUGGAACAAGAAGCUGCAAGACUACAGAAGAUCUUGUAUUCUACCAGGCCUUUCCAUGGCUUUAGAGGCAGCCUGCCGCCCUUCUGGGAGAAGACCUUACAAGAUGCAAGCCUUCAGAAUCUGGGAUAUUCACCAGAAGACCUUCUACCUGAGGAACAACCAGCUAAUUGCUGGAUACUUGCAGGGGCCAAAUACUAAAUUAGAAGAAAAGAUGGACGUAGUAUCUGUUGACCCUCAUACUUUGUUCUUGGGGAUCCAUGGGGGGAAGCUGUGCCUGUCCUGUGUCAAGUCUGGGGAUGACAUCAGGCUCCAGUUGGAGGAAGUUAACAUCACUGACCUGAGCAAGAACAAAGAACAAGAUAAGCGCUUCAUCUUCAUCCGCUCAGAAAAAGGCCCCACCACCAGCUUUGAGUCUGCUGCCUGCAGGGGCUGGUUCCUUAGCACAGCAUUGGAGGCUGAUCAGCCCGUCGGCUUCACCAACACACCUGAAGCACCCAUCAUGAUAACCAAAUUCUACUUCCAAGAGGACCAGUAAUUCCUGCCCAGACCUGUCCUCAAUCCUAGGCUAUUAAUGACUCCGGGGACUGCCUCCUCACUCUGGCCACCACUGGAGUCUAAGGACCUUUAUUUGCAGGGUGAACAGUGAAAGGAGGCACAAGACCUGGUCUUGUCCUGUAGGUCCUUGUCUGCACUCUAUCAGUAAACCGAACUUCCAUGCUUACAUGAUUACAAAAAGUAGGUCAUAAUAGCCCUUUGCUCAAAACACUUCCCUGUUACCGCUGCACUCUUGGGGAAGCCUAGACCACCUGCACCAUCUGGAUGCUCUCCACUCCCUCCACUUUGCUCAUCUACCUCUGCUCCAUGUGUCUAUAGAUCCACCAGGUCUCUUAUCAUCCCCACCAGGUAUCUCCUUUAUCCUGUUUUACCAACCUGUGUUGGUCCAUGGGGAAGAUUUUUGUUUUUGUUAUGUUUGUUCAUUUUGGGGGCUUAGAAUUAAAUCCAGGACCUCACACAGGCUAAGUAUGUGCUGUACCACCAACCUACACCUCCAGUUCAUAGGGAAGUUUCUAAGGUUCUUGAAAAUGGAAAUGAAGGGGAGCAUACUGAUUUUUAGUUAGGUAACAUUAUGCAGUGUGAAGGGGAGUCCUUCAUGUGGAUCCUUGCUGAGAGGACCUAGGGAUUAAAACUUUUUGCCUUUGCACAAUGACUGAAAGCAUAGGAAAAUAGGAAGUAAGUUUUUCUUUUUUCCUUUCUUUACUAUAAAAUAUAAAAGUUGGUGGACCAUGUUGUCCCCAUAAUAUCUUUCUUUUUGAAAUUUCUCAAUGAGUCCCUCUGCCUGGCUCAAGCACCACCUCCACUCCAGAUCUCCUGCAGCUACAUGGAGAAGUUACCUACUCCACACUGUGCAUGUGUGACUCCCCAGUGCAUCCUAGUUUGCUGAAGGAUGAAUCCAUAAACCACUUCUUGACCAUUUUAGCAUUUUUGGCACUGAGACUUGUGUGGAAGAGGCUGUGCUUCUGUCUGUCCUCUCUUCCAGACUGUAAGCUCUGGAGAACAGGGCUAUCACUUCUGUGUGUCUCAGGUCACUGCUUGAAUAACCACUUGCCUUGGUCCUUAGCAGACACUCAGGGAAUAGUUGGUGUAUG